ACAACUCCAUAAGUACCCCCACCCUCUUCCCGCUUUCUAUUCGCCCCCAACCCAAUCCUAUACAUCACACUCUCUCUCUCUCUCUCUCUCUCUCUCUGACUCUCUCUGCGGCAAUGGCUUUCGUUCACAUGCUCUGCAUUGCUUCACUACUGUCACUUUUCAUGGCGGCCAACGCCAGAAUCCGAGGCUUUGACACGGGCGGGCCAUGGGAGGGCGCCCACGCCACCUUCUAUGGCGGCAGCGACGCCUCUGGAACCAUGGGCGGUGCUUGUGGGUACGGAAACCUCUACAGCGAGGGCUACGGCGUCAACACGGCGGCCCUGAGCACAGCUCUGUUCAACAAUGGCCUCAGCUGCGGAGCCUGCUUUGAGAUUAAGUGUGGAGAUGACCCCAAAUGGUGCCACCCAGGCAACCCCUCCAUCUUCAUCACUGCCACCAACUUCUGUCCUCCAAACUACGCUCUGCCCAACGACGAUGGCGGCUGGUGCAACCCUCCUCGCACCCACUUCGACCUUGCCAUGCCCAUGUUUCUCCAGAUCGCUGAGUACAAAGCUGGUAUCGUCCCCGUCUCCUUCCGCCGAGUCCCAUGUAGAAAGGAAGGCGGAGUGAGAUUCACAAUUAACGGCUUCCGUUACUUCAACUUGGUUCUAAUCACCAACGUCGCGGGCGCAGGAGAUAUCGUGCGGGUGAGCGUUAAAGGCGCGAACACUGAGUGGAUGCCGAUGAGCCGCAACUGGGGACAAAACUGGCAAUCCAAUGCAGACCUGGUGGGCCAGACCCUGUCCUUUAGAGUCACGGGCAGUGACAGGCGUACCUCCACCUCAUGGAACGUGGCACCUGGUCAUUGGCAGUUCGGACAAACUUUUUCCGGGAAGAAUUUCCGGGUUUAAAAAAAGAGUUCAACCACUGCCUCUAUCUUUUAUUUUUAUUUUUUUUAUUUUGCUUUAUAACUUUUAUUAUCAGCUCAAUUUCCCGCCUUCGGUUUUCCCUUUAUUUUCCCGGAAAAAGUUGAAGUGGUGGGAGUAAAAGUAAAAGUAGAUUUGGGUGUACUGGACUUUUGGGUAGGAUGAAGAUGGAAGGUUAAAAAAUGGUGGUAAGAUAGGUAGAAAAGUGAAGUGACUCUUUUAAGUGUGUGCUUUUUUGAUGCUUUUCUUGUUAUAAGUGGGGGGCUGGUAAAAUUUAUGUAAUCCAGCAAAGAUGGUAUAUGUGGUGCUGAUGUUGGAGCUGAAGCGGCUGCAAGAACAUGCAGCCCGCAGCUCUUUCUAUAUCUCUUAUAAUAGAUAUAUAUAUCUUUUACUAUAUGAUGUGAUGUGGCUUUAUA